UGUUUGACACAAGGUGGCUUCUCUAUGGGUGGUGCCAUGGCACUACAUCUGGUGUCCCGGUACCAGCCGGAUGUUGCUGGCAUCUUCGCUCUGUCCAGCUUUCUUAACAAAGACUCGGUUGUAUAUCAGGCAGUAGAAAAUGCAACACAGCGCCCCCUACCUGAGCUCCUCCAGUGUCACGGCACAGCGGAUGAGCUGGUUUUCCAUAGCUGGGGCAAGGAGACAAACUCACUGUUGGAGAAAGCUGGCCUCAACACGUCUUUCCAUUCCUUCCCAGACCUCAACCAUCAGUUGUGUCGACAAGAACUGGAGUUACUUCGGUCCUGGAUCCUUAAGAAACUUUCCCCUUAGAGCAUCCUUAAUGCUGGACAAUGAACUUGCCCAUAUACAACCUAGAAUAAUCAUCGUCCUAAUAGUUUUUUUUGUUUGUUUUUUUGUUCAUAUUUAAAUAUAAAACUUGAGUCAAACAGUAAAGGAAAACCAAGCAAGUGUGCAUCAUACACUACUGUUCAAACGUUUGGGGUCGGUAAGAUUAUUAAAUGUUUUUGAAAGAAUUCUCUUCUGCUGACCAAGGCUGCGUUUAUUUAAUUAAAAAUACAGUAAAAACCCAACAAGUUAAAUGUGAACUCACGAUAGCACACAAAUGAUGCAUUUACAAGUACAGUGAUUCCUUUCCCAUCUAAGAAGUUUAGUUCCAUAAUCCUAAAUGAAAUGUUAGAGUUUCACAUUUCCAUAGUCUUUCAUUUUGAGACCCUGGCUCUGUUAUAUGAGACCAGGUAAAUAGUUCCUUCUGGAAAAAAAA